AUGUCGCAACCGUACGAAUUCGGAAAACAAGACUCUGUUUCGGGUGACGGGUUGACAGAUGCCCUAGGUAUGAACGGUAAGGCAAGGCAGAGAUCGUCCAACCACUCCUCGCAGUUUGGUGAGAGUGACGAACCUACGUCGCCAAAUCCUUUAGGCGAACACGCGGACGCGGACGCGACGCAUGGAAGGGAGAAAGAGCAGAAUGAGGAGACACAAUCGGGCAGCAUCGUUAAAGAGCCUAUUUACGAGGGGGAGCAAAAUACAUCGAGGCCUUCACUGCAAUCAAAUGUAUCGUCUUUCGCUGCCCCGACCAAAGCAUCGGAAGCGAAGAAGAACGAGAAGAUCGAGCUUGCUUCUUUUGUGAAGAAGAUCUACUCCACCAAUGAACUGGCUAUCCGAUCGAAUAAUGCGAUGCGGCAGCAUUCGGUUUCUGUUCUUGAUAACCAACGAUCAAGUUUAAAGCAGCGCUCUGUCACUACCUCUACUCAUAUUAGAGAGGAGGAGAAUGCAGUUGAUCAUUCACCGCCGUAUAUGAAGUUGCAGUCGAAGAACAUGCGGUGUCACAGUCUUGCUUCUACUAUUUCCGAUAGGUCGGCGGGAGAAGAGGGAAUUCAAGGGGAGGUAGAAAAGCCGCCCAGUCUAGAAAAGGAACUGCUAGAGGAGGAGCUUCCGGAUGAGCAAGCACAAGAGGAGGAAGUACAAGAAGAAGAAGAGCCAUGCAUGCAAGAGCAGAAGGAAUUAGAAGAAGUGGAAGAACCCAGUACUGAGUUUCAGGAACCGCAAGAGCAGAAGUCUCCCUUGGCGAAAGACAUCAUGGCGUGGACAUCGCAAGGAGGUCGCGUCACGGACCUAGAAGAGCAAGUUGCGACAACUCAAGGUCAGAUCGAAAGCGAAUCACGAAAUGGUACAGAAGCAGACGAGAAAUGCAGUGUCGUGAUCUCAACGGACAUUGACGAUAUUGCACUAGGUAAGACCACUGCAGACAUGGAAGAACUGGAAGCCGGACUCGAGGAUGCGAAGAGACAGCGUGACGAGGUGAUGAUGCGGUGUGAGACAGUACAACGAGACUUACAAACAGUCAAAGACGACGCCGAAAAGCUGCAGCAAAAGCACAACAAGCUGAUCGUACAACUUCAGCACAGUGAGGAGCUAAUUGCAGCGCGCAACGUUCGCGAACCUAAUCUACCUGCUCUUGAAGCAGUUGAAGCAGUUGAAGCAGAGAACAAAAGACUUCAAGUGGCGGUCGGCAAAACGCGGCUGGAACUUAACAAUGCAAAUGCAUGUUGCGAGAACCUUGACGACCAGCUGAGAGACGCUCAAGAGAAGCUUAACAACCAGGAAACAUCUAUCAAAGAACUAUGUGAAAUCAUCGACUUGGUAUCUCAAAGUAUGUCGCAAGGCGUCGAUAUUCCCGUUCCCCAGUCCGAAGAGCUUUCUCAGAGCCUUGUGCAGGCCUCCGAGAUAGAAAGAUUACGGAUCAAGAUUGCCCAAUUAAUUGGAGGGUAUGGUAAAGACUUCAAGAACUGGCAUGAAAAGAAUGAAGAGCUGGAGCGUCAGAUAGCGGAUCAAGAAUCUGAGAUCAGUAGGCUAGAGAAGACCAUGGACAUCCAGAGAAGAGAAUUAUUGAGCCCCGGUCUACAGAGCCCGAUGUUCCCGCAGGCGAUGCAGAUGGAUAGAGAUGAAUUUCAGCAAUAUUACGAGCGCGAGCGACUGAAGCGCAAAGGCGCAGAGCAGGAGCUCGCGAAGGCGAAGAAGCUGUUGUCACAUAUUCACCCCGAGAACGAAAAGCUACAGUCAGAUCUCACCAACGCGCAAGAAGAACUCGCAGAUUUGCGUCCCAGAGCUGAAAAGCUGGAGCAGGACGUCAAGGGGUGGAAACAAGACUCCGAGGAAAAGAAUUUGCAACUUGAAGAACGCACUCGUGCGUUUGAAGCCAGUACCGACCAACAGAAGCAGGAAACCCUCCGUUAUAUCAAGGAUUACUACAACAAAACCAAGGACGAAACACAUUGGGAAGUUCAGGGUCUACAGAAGAAGCUCGCAGCCUUGGAUGAAGAACGCGUAGGACUCAAACGAGCGUUCAAGCAAGCGAAGAUGGAUAUCGCACGCUUGGGAGAUUGUGUCACCAGACUAAGGAAGAGAAACAAAGCCCGUGACGCUCAUAUUGGAAACGUACAGCAAGCGUUUAUGUGUGGUGAAGAAUUUCCCACCCUUGAGUCCGAUGACGACACUUCAUCUUCAACUUCAGCCUCCACGAUCUCGUCGCUCACUCACCCGCUUGAUCGUGUUAACAGGCCGCCAUCUAUCCCACGCUGCCACCUCCCCACCACAAUCGGAGCGCGCAACGCCGUAAUAGCCACCUAUCAUCAGGAGCUCGAGGAAUUGCGAGAGCAAGAAUUGUUUAAUGUGAUUGUCAAGCCACCCGUAUCUACCAAGAACAAGAAUGGUGCCGCAUACAAUGAGAUCAUGGAAAGAGUGCGUGAAUGGAAGAUGGGAAGUUCGUAUUCACCUAGAAAGCUGGGGUGGGGAGAACUAAGGCGAAAGAGUCCGUGGGAGAGGUGGGAUGGAGAGAUGUGGGCAAAGGAGUUUGCUACGGGGAAGGAUGUUGAUGUUCUGAAGGAGAGAGGGCUUUGGCAUGAGACUUAG